UUUUCGAUUAGUUAAUUAUUAUUUUAGUUAAACCAAAGUGAAUAAGAAAAUUCUUUACCAAAAUAUUAAUAUGUCAAAAAUAUGCAUUUUUCUCUCACUAACCCUAGCCCUGUUUGUUAACAGCGAACAAAACACUCCUAUAGUGAUAACAACGUGGAAUUUUGUCAAUUCUACAAUUACCGCUUGGAAUAUUCUAAAGCAAGGAGGCUAUUCUCUGGAUGCGAUUGAGAGGGGAACAUCAAUUUGUGAGGAGCAGCAAUGUGAUGGAACUGUGGGUUAUGGAGGAAGCCCUGACGAAGAUGGUGAAACUACACUUGAUGCUCUUAUAAUGGACGGGAGAACAAUGAAUGUUGGUGCAGUUGCAGCCCUCAGACGAGUUAAACAUGCCGCCUCUGUUGCGAGGCAUGUUUUAGAACACACAAAGCAUUCUAUUCUGGUUGGAGAGUUGGCAACACAAUUUGCUGUGCGAAUGGGUUUCCAUGAAGAAACAUUAACAACACCAGAUUCUAAAAGAAUGUGGCUUAAAUGGUACUACAGGGAUCAUUGUCAACCAAACUUUUGGAUGGGUGUCACACCUGAUCCGAGCAAGUUUUGUGGACCUUAUAGCAAGAUAGAUAACUUUAGGCACAAAUAUUACAAUUGGCUGCCCAUAAAAGUUGAUAGAUUUAACCAUGACACAAUUGGAAUGGUCGCCAUUGAUAGAAAGGGUGAUGUAGCGGCUGGUACUUCAACAAAUGGGGCUAAAUUUAAAAUUCCUGGGAGAGUUGGGGAUUCUCCUAUUCCAGGGUCAGGCGCUUAUGCAGACAAUACUGUAGGCGGGGCUACUGCAACUGGUGAUGGUGAUAUCAUGCUUAGGUUCCUCCCUAGUUUUCUAGCUGUCGAAGAAAUGCGUCGAGGUGCAUCACCAACAGAAGCUGCUAGAACAGCCAUCAACCGAAUAGCGACUCACUAUCCUGACUUCAUGGGCGCUGUAAUCGCUCUCAGUAUCGACGGUGCAUACGGCGCAGCUUGCCAUGGUUUGGGUGAUGACCCAUUCCCCUUCGUAGUUCAAGAUAUCACGAUGCAUAAAUAUAAAAUAGAAAAAGUCAAUUGUUCCUGGCCAUUGCACUGAGUUUUAAAACUGAGAGAUAUUAAUAGGUUCUAAUUAAUUUUCCAUAUUAUGAGAGUGAAAAGAAAUAAUUGAAUGAAUGAUGAAACUUGUAGGUACUUUUUUGUUGUACUUAUUACAAAAAAUACAGAAACAGAAAUUAUGGCAGGGUAAUUUUGUAAUUUUUGCAAAAUAUGUAGUCAAAUAAAUAUACGAUAAUUUAUGACUCAUACCUAAUUAUAUACAUAAUUAUAAUAAUUAAUUGUGUUAUUUUUGACU